UCCUUGCACCACCUCGCGCACCUUUCCUCCGACUCCUAGCAGAUGACGUCCGGGAGCUGCACAUCCCAGCGCGAGCCGAUGUGUAAGCCCGGUUACCUUCCUCUAGCUUUAGCAGCUGAAUGAAGCAGCUAGGAGCAUGUCUGAAGAUGAAAACUGUGAGGGAAGUGAGCCGACGUAUGAUGCAACCGACUUUGAUGUAUCUCACUCGCUGUCCAUAAAAGUCGAAUAUUACAGAUCAUUUGAGUACACCUUGAAUUGGACAACGCCCAUGUCUCUCCGACGAUCCUCCAGACUAAAGUUCCCCCAGAAAAGUCCUGCAUCAGACGACGUUGUCGCUCGGCCUCGCCGUAGGAGCCAGAGAGGAAGGCCGCGGUUGGAGGAGACCCGUGCAGAUGAGAGCGAGGAAAGUGACAUCAUCGACCUCAUCACCAGUGAUCCUUUUGCCAAGCAAGGGGCCGCGAGGGAGGCGGUUGGCAUGCUCAGUUAUGGACUGGAUAAAUCAAAUGAUGAAAGUGGCUCUGAAAGCAGCAACAGCAGCAUAGUUUCCGGUCCGUCCACUCUGUGCUGUGAUUACAGAGACGAGCUUUACAGGGACGUUUGCUCGGCUUGCCACAAGCUCUACGAGAAGGCUAAGAGGUUGAAGACGCCGAUCAGAAGCAAACUUCUAGAUAACGAUCCCAAGUCUCUGACCUGUGACCAAUGGGUGCUGAUGAAAAGAUGGAAGCCUAAAGGACAACCUGAUGCCAGACAGAAGUCGCUAAGUCACAUUCAGCUGGACGAUGGAGUCGUUAUGAGACGAGGAGAGCAAUCCUCGCCCUGUUCGAGGCCGCACAUUUUCCUCAAGAGGAACCUGAGACGGGCCAGUUCCAUGGUGAAAAAUCAGAAGAAGAAAAAGAGGAGGAGGAGGAGGAGGAGGGAUAGUUCUCAAGGUCCCCGCGUUGCUAAGCAGCACCGUCUCCAAAACAACAGUCUGCGCCAGCACACAAAUACAAAAGGCAUGGUCGACAACCCGAACGGGAGUUUUAGCAAGGGCGGCGACCCCGGAGCUCAGAUAAGUCCAGAAACGGAGGGUUGUUCUAAGAACGAUGUGACUGAACUUGUUCCGUCAUCAGCGGCCCCGAAGGCCCCAGCAUCAGCGGCAGUUGGAGCCCCGAGGAGAGCACCGAAGAGGACGUGCGAGUUCAGAGACCUUCUCGUUCAGCUGCGGGGGAGAAGCAGCAUGAUCAUCAGAGAAACGUCCUAACGAAGGCGUCCGUCUUUAUCGAAGCAGAGGCCCUCUGAUUAUUUAAACUUUAUUUUUUGAAGUGUUUGCGUUUGCUGCUCUAAUUCUGUUGGAUUUGUUUUCCUUAAAGUAUUGUUGCACUUCCACAAACUUUCAAGUUCAUCUAUUUCUUGUUUGUUUGUUGUUGUUUUUUGCUAAAAAUGAAUUGAAUUGAAAUUCCCAUGCAACUUAACUGUGAAUAAAUGUGUUUAAACAU